UCUAGGGCACGUGGCUUGUAAAGGAGAGCAAAAAUUGACGGUUAUGCUCUAGAUAUUUGCUGUUAUGCUUGGCUGGCUGAGUUGAAAGCACGUUUUGGAUUUGCUGCCGUUAAAGAUUCUGCUUUUGGUCUCUGUUCCGGUCGUAUUAAGGAUACUUUUAACUGCUGCUGAAAUCUGAUAGCAUCCCAUUAACAAAGGCUGCUACAGCUUCGGAAUGCCUGAAUAUCUGGCAAACAUUAUAAAAGGCGCUGAUGCUAAUCUCCUGGGUGUUCGUUGGCUGGCUGGAGGGUCCCCUUGAGCAGGACUUCUGUCUCCAAGUGACAAGUUCAAGACACGUUUGCUCAGAAGUUGUGUUCUGCUUUUUCCAAAGGGUGUAUUCCAGAGUAAAUAUUGCGAAGAGGUUUUAUCACAACUCCUUUGUGAGUGAAGAGGCUGUCACCAGCGAGUUUGUUUCUUCAGGAUCUUCUAGAAACAAUACAGUACUCUGCAAAGAAGAGGAAGUGUUUAGAACAGUGGUUCUCAACCUUUUUAAUGCCGCGACCCCCAACCAGUCGUACGUCGAGGACUACUCAACCAGUUAGGAACUUGAAGAAGGAUGGAGCUAACCUGGACAGGAGUUCUGCUUCUUCUCUGUGUACUCUUCACCCUUUUCUCAUCUUUCCAAAUGUACAAGAAAAAAAGGCAGCUGCCCGCUGGACCUACUCCAUGGCCUAUUCUGGGGAACCUCUUGCAGCAAGAUGUACUACCUCUGUAUAAAAACUAUGAAAAGCUUAUUGGACAGUAUGGUCCUAUCUUUACCAUCUGGAUUGGGUCAAAACCAAUGGUUGCGCUCUGUGGAUAUGACAUGAUAAAAAAUGCUUUGAUAGAUCAUGCAGAAGAAUUUGGUGGACGUAUUAUUGUGCCCACCAUUGAGCGAAUAUUCCGUAAUCAUGGUUUGGCCACUGCCAAUGAGAGAAAAUGGAAGGAGAUGAGACAUUUCAUCCUAUCUACCUUGAGAAAUUUUGGGAUGGGGAAGAAACAAAUGUCUGAAAGAGUGCAAGAGGAAGCCUUUUGUCUAGUGGAGGAAGUAGAGAGCAUGCAAGGGCAGCCUUUUGAACCAAAAAGAAAACUUAGAAGUGCUGUUUCUAAUGUAAUCUGUGCAGUUGUCUUCGGCAAUCGAUUUGAUUACAAAGAUCAAACGUUCAUGGAGAACCAAAAUGCUGUAGAAUCUUUAUUAAAACUCUGCAGUAAUUUCACAGGAAUGGUGUACAAUAGUUUUCCAAAAAUAAUGGAAUAUUUUCCUGGACAACACACAAAGACUUUUGCUGAAAUUGAAAAACUCUGUGACUUUAUCCAUGAAAAAGUGGUACUUCACCAGAAAACACUGGAUAUUCAGGAACCCCGUGACUUUAUUGAUUGUUUCCUUAUCAAAUUAGAGAAGGAGCAGAAUUCAUCCGAGAUUAUCUACACUCCUGAAAACCUUGUGCGUUCUGUGCUUGAACUGUUUUUUGCUGGGACAGUAAGCACAAGCAAUGCUUUGGUCUCUAGCCUACUUGUGAUGGCCAAAUUGCCACAACUUCAAGCUAAAGUGCAAAAGGAGAUUGAUGAGAUGGUGGGUACAAAUCGCAUUCCAAGCAUGGAAGACCGUUUGAAGAUGCCUUUCACAAAUGCUGUUCUCCAUGAGGUUCAACGGUGUUGGAAAGACAGUCUUGAGACCUUUCCACGGGCAACAACCUGUGACAUAAAAUUCCAUGGUUAUAACAUUCCCAAGUACAUGGCUAUUGUGCCAGUCCUCCCCUCUGUAAAUUAUGAUCCUCUCCAGUGGGAAACUCCAGAGAAGUUCAAUCCAGAUCAUUUUUUGGAUGAAAAGCGCCAGUUCAGGAAAAGAGAUGCUUUCAUGGCAUUCUCAGCAGGGAAGCGGUCCUGUCCAGGGGAGGCCCUGGCUCGGAUGGAGCUCUUCUUGUUCUUCAGCACUCUGCUCCAGAACUUCACCUUCCAUCUAGAUGUGGACACCAAAGGCAUGGAUGUAAUAUCUUUCAUUAAGGAUUUAAAAGAUAAUCAGUUCCCUUUUGUGCGAGCCAUUAAACGUUGAACACUAAUCAAGAGAAGGAAAGAAGUGGAGGAUUUGGGGGGGGGGGGAAUCUCAGCUGCAAUUUUUUAGAAGAAUUUUGGGAUAUUGAAGGAUUUUGAGUGAAACAGAUCUGAAAUACUUUUCCUUUUAAAUCUUCUUACUUAGUAGAGCCAUAUUUGCUACCAUAGAACACACUAUUCUGGCAUUCACAAGAGCUUAUGAUAGUAUGCUAUGUUUAAGAGGAAUUUAAGAGGUUUUAAGAGAAGAGAUACUCCAGGGGCUUCAUUUAGCUUAAGAGAAAAGAAUUGAUACAACAAGGAAUAAGUUAACACGAAAAUGACAUGACUGUGAAUCUGCGAUAUUGCAUACAAUUUGGCAUUAAGGCUUUGCAGUACUUGAGAUUGAAUCUCCAGCAAGAAGCUUCAGAGAACAAAGGGUUGUGGGAACAACAUCCAUCAGCAGCACCUUAAAGCAGCUAUGUCUUUUUCUAGAAUGACACUGGGCCUUCUAUCUAUAGAUGUAAAAAAUAGAAGAACAAUCGAUGCUUUCAAUACAUUUUCUCUGAAAAUAUACACUUCCAAGUGAAAUGAAAUACAGAGAUUUAACUCUAUUUCAGUCUUAAAUAUGCAUUCCGUAUGUUUAUAUGUAUAACUCAACGGACUCCAAUAGGUCUCUAAGUCUCCACACAAUGUAUUAGGAGAUAUUGAUGAGUCCUCUUGUUGGAGUCCAUAGUGACUCAAAGUGAGAUUUACUGAAUCCCCAUGUGUGAAAGAACUUAUCCUUGUAGCACAGGUGACAUGGAAACUAUCUUUCCUAUGCUUUUAUAUUGCCCCUAUUAGCCAGCAAACCUUUAUUUUCUUUUUAUUGACUGAUUUUAGUAGGAAAAAUGAACAUUUCUUCACUAUUUUUAAUCUAUUAAAUAAUAAUCCUUUUAUCACCUGUAAUGUUUGCCAGUUUUUUCACUGCAGCAAUUAAAACACAUAAAUGACAGAUAAUUACAAGAAUGAGGUAUAGGCAUACACAUUGAAAGUCAUUUUGUUUCAAUCAUCAUCAUAAUUAUUGAUCAAUUGUCUCAUUAUCUGAGGUCAACCUUCUCAAUUUAUAAUAGUUGGGGUUUUUUUAAAUUAACCAAACAAGUCUUAUUGAUCCUGUGGUAGUUCAGUUGCUUUUGUUAAAACUUGUUGGGAGAUUGUUAGUUUAUAAUUUUUUUUUAACAUAUUAAUAUUUUAUUACAUCCCUAAUUCAAUUUGGAAUAUUUAAGUAAAUGUAAUUUUAUCAUUGAUAUCUUAUUUUGGUUUACUCUUAUUUUAAAAUUUUAAGAUUUGCAUGGAUACCUUUUAUUCUAUGUAUAUAUUUAAUCUUUUCCCAGUUCUUUAUGUUUUACUUUGUAUUUAAAAUUUAUGUUUUAUUAAUUGCUGGUCAAUCUCUGAAAUAAAUUUGACUGAUUAAAUUUGA